CGGUGGAAACUCGCUGUCUCUCGGCUGACACUCCAUCCUUUUCUGCAGGUGUUGAGUUCUUCUCUGGGGCCCCUGCCAUCCCCACUGUCCACUCUGGGCCCUCUGAGAGGUCCAGAUCUCUUGGGGCAAGGGCCUCUAUCUGGAUCUGCCCCUUCGGUCAGGGGGUCCCUCAGCAGCUCAGGGGGGCUGGAGCCUCUGAAGACGUCUUUUCCAGGUCCUAGAAGCGGCGGGGCAACGAGUGUUUUAGUCACAAGGAAAGAGGAGAGGAUUUCAUUUACUCUGCCUGGUUUGGAGUCUGAUGAGGAGGAUCAUGAUGAUGAUCAGAAGCAAAUCUCUGAAAAUGAGCUGAGUCCUCGUGGAUCAGACAGACUCCUGAAAAACCUCCUAGACUCAGAUGCUCUUGGAGGAGGCCUGCAUUAUGAGGACAGUGAAGCCAGCGCUGCGACUCCAGACGCGGAGAGGACGGAACCGGAGCUGCAGAAUUUGGCUCCGUCUGGAGACCACAGCCUCGAACCUCCAUCUCAUCAGGUGAACCCACAGAAACAACUAUCCGUUCUCCUCCAGUUCUCCAUGCAGCAUUUCAGUAGCCAUUUAAGGUUUCAUUUAUAAUAAAUGUUGGUAAUGGGGAGCAUGAAUACUGAGCUGUGAAAGGUUUGUCUUUCAUCAUUUCUCUCAUUUUUUAUGGGCAGUUUCCUUUUAUUAUAAAUUAUUGCUGCUUUGAUUUCAACCAUGUUUCCUUUAUGUGUGUCUCCUUGAUGUUAAAACCUUCCAACCUUUCCCCUGGAACCUGUACGUGUUGUUGCAGCUGUUGGGAUCUGUCAAACGGAGGCGACUUUUACUGCACUCUCCUCUUUUUUCCUCCUACUGUCACUGUUACUGCUUCACUGUCUGAGUUUUUAUAGAAACGUGUUUGCAG